AUGGUUCGGGUCAACCGAGCGGCCGCUCGGUGUUCAGACAGCGCCCAGCACGAACCCGCUUUUCGGGACAGCUGGCAGGGAGAGCGAGGGCCGCAGGCGCUGCGGGGCCGCGCUCCCCGUGCCCGGCGGGGCCUCGGGGCCCCAAACCCACCCCCGCGGGGGGAUCACCGCGCUCCCCCCAACCCACCCUCGGGACCCGCCGCCGGCCGUGAGGGCCGAGGGGAGCGGGGUGAGGCCAGGGAACCACCGCCGCCCCCUCCCCUCGCCACACGGGGCCCACACGCACCUCCCGCCGCCGCCGCCCUCGUUACCAAGCACCGCGACGCACCGCGACGCCACUCUCCCUCCCCGGGCGCUGCCGGCUCUCCUAGCCCCCCGGCGGGCGGUUACCGGUGCUCCUGGCGUCCUCCGAUCCGCGGCGGGCGGUCACCGGCGGCAGGAUGGGGAUGGGGAGCGGGAAACGGGAGCGGGGCCGGGUCUAUGUUCCCGGCGCAUCCCCGGCCGCGCACGCGCGCGGCGCCCCCGCCGCUACCGGGGCUGCGGGAGCGCGAGCGGGAGCAGGUGCCGCCGCUCGCGCCGCGCCGCCGCGUCCCGGCCAAUCGCGGCACGGCCCAGCCGAGCGCGCGUGGGGGCGCGGGAGACGGGCAGGGAGCCGCGCCAAUCGGCGGCGCCCGCCGUGAGGCGAGAGCCAAUGGUGGCUCGGUGCGCGACUGGCGGCCCGCCCCUCCCGCGGCGAAUCAGCCAAUCGGCCGCUGCCCGGGGCCGGCCCCUCCCCUCGGCCACGGGCGCCCGUGA